AUGCCCAAGACGCAACCCAACCUUUACGCCUUCCCCGGCGUCGACACGCUCGCCCCGGCCCUCCGCUCCUACGUCCUGCAGUGCCAGGCCGCCGGCUUCAACCGCCACGGUUCCUUCAAGAUCGCCGUCUCGGGCGGCUCCCUGCCCAAGACGCUCGCCGCCGCGCUGCUCGCCCCCUCGUCGGGCCCGGACGACGCCCUCGACUUCUCCCGCUGGGAAAUCUUCUUCGCCGACGAGCGCGCCGUCCCGCUCGAUCACGACGACUCCAACUACGCCCUCCUCAAGUCCGAGCUGCUCGACAAGAUCCCCGCCGAGUCGGGCAAGCCCACCGUCCAUAACGUCGACCCGGAGCUCCUCUCCGACACCCAGGAGCUCGCCGACCAGUACGAGAAGACGCUCGUCAACAGCUUCGCCAGCCGCGACUCGGUCCGCCUGCCCAUCUUCGACCUCAUCCUCCUCGGCUGCGGGCCCGACGGCCACACCUGCUCCCUCUUCCCCGGCCACCCGCUGCUGCGUGAGACCGAGGCCUGGGUCGCCCCCAUCGAGGACUCGCCCAAGCCCCCGCCCAGGCGCAUCACCCUGACGCUCCCCGUCGUCAGCCACGCCGUCCGCGUCGCCUUCGUCGCCACCGGCGCCGGCAAGAAGGACAUCAUGAAGCAGAUCUUCGACGCCAACAUGGGCCUGCCCUGCACUCUCGUCAACGAGGCCACUGGCGACCGCUGCAGCUGGUUCGUCGACGAGCCCGCCGUCGAGGGCGUCAGCUUCCCUAGAAGAGCCUUCCUCUAG